AUGAAUCCCAACAGCCUACCGGGGCAUCUCGUCGUGCUGCUAAGUACUGUUCUGGGCCUGAGCGUAGGUUUGGAGUUCACUGGCUCUGAAGGUCAGUGGGCUCGCUACCUGCGCUGGGACGCCAGCUCCAGAAGUGACCUGACGUUUCAGUUCAAGACCUCAGAAUCGGAAGGCCUGCUGAUCUACUUCGACGACGGCGGAUACUGCGACUUCCUGCUCCUCACCGUAACCGAGGGCAAGAUGCAGCUCCGCGUCAGCAUCGACUGCGCCGAGACCACCAUCACCUCCGACAAAAUGGUCAACGACAGCCGCUGGCACUUUGCCGCCGUCAACAGGCACAACUUGCGGACUGGCUUGGCCGUGGACGGUCAGACCAAGACGGAGGAGGUGCGGCCCCAGCGGCAGUUCAUGAAGAUCGUCAGCGACCUCUUUCUCGGAGGCCUCCCGGGGGACAUCCGCACAUCCGCCAUCACCCUGCCCUCCGUCCGCGAGCUGCCGCCGUUCAAAGGAAUUAUCACGGACCUCAGUUAUGGGAGUAAGCUGCCCACGCUAAUCAAUAGUCAGAAGGUACGCUUGGAGAUGAUGGGCCUUUGCACAGAGAACCCCUGCGAGAACGGUGGGAUCUGCUCACUGGCAGAUGGAGAAACCUACUGUGACUGCUCCAAAACUGGAUAUGUAGGUCGAUACUGCACCGAAGCAGUCCAGAGAAAACCAGGCCUCGCACACCUGAAGGCAGAGCAAGGUAGAAACAAAGCGAGGGAGGAGAACGUGGCCACCUUCCGGGGCUCGGAGUACUUCUGCUACGACCUGUCGCAGAACCCCAUUCAGAGCAGCAGCGACGAGAUCACGCUGUCCUUCAAGACGUGGCAACGCAACGGCCUCCUGCUCCACACGGGGAAAUCCGCAGACUAUGUCAACCUGGCGCUAAAAGAUGGGGCGGUUUCCCUCGUCAUCAAUCUGGGUUCCGGGGCCUUCGAGGCCAUCGUCGAGCCAGUCAAUGGAAAAUUCAAUGACAACUCCUGGCACGACAUCAAAGUGACACGCAACCUGAGACAGCAAUCAGGCAUUGGACACGCUAUGGUGACAAUCUCCGUUGAUGGGAUCCUCACCACCACCGGCUACACCCAGGAAGACUACACCAUGCUGGGCUCCGAUGAUUUCUUCUACGUGGGUGGGAGCCCCAGCACUGCGGACCUGCCAGGAUCCCCAGUUAGCAACAAUUUCAUGGGCUGCCUCAGAGAGGUGGUGUACAAGAACAACGACAUUCGCUUGGAGCUGUCGCGCCUCGCCCGCAUCGUCGACCCCAAGAUGAAACUCCAGGGCGACGUGGUCUUCAAGUGCGAAAACGUCCCCACCCUCGACCCCAUCAACUUUGAGACCCCCGAUUCCUACCUGGCCUUGCCGAAGUGGAACACCAAACGCGUGGGCUCCAUCUCCUUCGAUUUCCGCACGUCCGAACCCAACGGGCUGAUACUGUUCACGCACGGCAAACCUCAGGACCGACGGGACGCCAAGGGCCAGAAGAACAACAAGGUGGACUUCUUUGCGGUGGAGCUGCUGGACGGAGGGCUGUACCUGCUGCUGGACAUGGGCUCCGGGACCAUCAAGGUCAAGGCCACGCAGGCGAAGGUCAACGAUGGCGCCUGGCACCAUGUGGACAUCCAGAGAGACGGGCGCUCAGGCAUCAUCUCGGUAAACAGCCGCCGGACCCCUUUCACAGCCAGCGGGGAAAAUGAGAUCUUGGACUUGGAGGGGGACCUGUAUCUGGGUGGUCUGCCCGACAACCGGGUGGGUUUGGUGCUCCCCACCGAGCUCUGGACGGCUAUGCUCAACUACGGCUACGUGGGCUGCGUCCGGGAUCUGUUCAUCGACGGACGCAGCAAGGACAUCCGACAGAUAGCGCAGUCGCAGAACAUGACCGGCAUCAAGUCGUCGUGCAGCAAGGUGACGGGGAAACAGUGCGACAGCAACCCCUGCAAGAACAGCGGAGCGUGUAAGGAGGGGUGGAACCGCUUCAUCUGUGACUGCACCGGAACUGGCUACUGGGAUAGUACCUGUGAAAGAGAGGCUUCGAUCCUGUCCUACGAUGGCAGCAUGUACAUGAAGGUGGUGAUGCCAAACGUCAUGCACACCGAGGCCGAGGACGUCUCCCUGCGCUUCAUGUCCCAGCGGGCGUUCGGCUUGCUCAUGGCCGCCACGUCCCGUGAGUCGGCAGACACGCUGCGGCUCGAGCUGGACGGCGGACGGGUCAAACUGACGGUCAACCUAGACUGUGUCAGGAUAAACUGUAACACCAGCAAGGGCCCUGAGGUUCUUUAUGCCGGACAAAAGCUCAACGACAACGAGUGGCACUCAGUACGAGUGAUCCGCCGCGGUAAAAACUUCAAACUCACUGUGGAUGACGACAUGGCUGAAGGUCAGAUGGCGGGUGACCACACCCGUCUGGAGUUCAACAACGUGGAGACGGGCAUCUUAACUGAAAGACGCUUUGUGUCGUCUGCUCCGUCGUCUUUCAUUGGGCAUCUUCAGAGCCUCAAAUUCAACGGCAUGUACUACAUCGACAUGUGCAAGAACGGGGACAUCGACUUCUGCGAGCUCAACGCCCGCUUCGGCAUGCGCUUCAUCAUCGCCGACCCCGUGACCUUCAAGACGAAGGGCAGCUACCUGGGCCUGGCCACGCUGCAGGCGUACACCCAGAUGCAUCUGUUCUUUCAGUUCAAGACCACCUCGCCCGACGGUUUCAUCAUCUUCAACAGCGGAGAUGGGAACGACUUCAUCGCUGUGGAGCUGGUCAAAGGGUUUAUCCACUACGUGUUCGACCUGGGGAACGGGCCCAGUCUGCUGAAAGGGAACAGCGACAACCCACUGAAUGACAACCAGUGGCACAACGUGGUCAUCACAAGAGACGCCUCCAACACGCACACACUCAAGGUGGACUCAAAGUCGGUCACUCAGAAUGUCAACGGGGCCAAGAACCUCGACCUUAAAGGUGACCUGUUUGUCGGAGGCUUGGGACCCAACAUGUAUCAGAAUCUCCCCAAGCUGGUGGUUUCUCGGGAGGGCUUUCAGGGCUGCUUGGCGUCAGUCGACCUGAACGGCCGCCUGCCAGACCUCAUCAACGACGCCCUUUUCCGCAGCGGGCAGAUUGAGCGAGGCUGCGAAGGCCCGAGCACGACCUGCCAGGAGGACUCGUGCGCCAACAUGGGCGUGUGCAUCCAGCAGUGGGAGAACUUCACCUGCGACUGCUCCAUGACGUCCUACACGGGGACCCACUGCAACGACCCUGGCACCACCUACAUCUUCGGCAAAGGAGGGGGUCUGAUCACGUACACGUGGCCCAACAACGAGAGGCCGAGCACACGGACGGACCGGCUGGCGGUGGGCUUCAGCACCACCAUCAAAGACGGCAUCCUCGUCCGCAUCGACAGCGCCCCGCGUCUGGGCGACUACAUCAUGCUCCACAUU